UGUUUAUGAUGUGUGUUGUGUUUCCAUUCCAGUUUCCUAAUUGUUGUGUUGAAAUAAACAUUGUUUCGAUUUUAGCAUUAAUUUUCACUCUACACUUUUAGAAAUGGAUUUUUAAUAGUUAUUCUUUUAAUAUAAUACUUCCUUUUUAUUUAAUAAUAAUUUUUAUUAUGAAUUACAUCUUGAUUUGUGCUUUCUUGGCAUUGCUUUUCUGGGAGGAAGCAUAUUGCUUAAACAAAAGAUGUAUAAAAUGUAGAUCAAGAGGUGAACUGGGUUCGUGUGGAGACCCAUUCCCAUUUAAUGUAACUGAACCAGAGGCUGAGUUUGGAAUUCAUGUGAUGGCCUGUCCAUCAGGGUGGUGUGCUAAAAUGAUUGAAGGUGUAAGUGGUGCUCUGCGAUCUGAUGAUUAUGGAGCAGCAACAGAACGGAUGUGUCUUCAGAGGCCUCCAAGUGAUUAUGAAGAAAGGUGUGCAUAUACUAUGUGGAAUCAUAAAAAAGUCUACAUGUGUUUCUGCAAUGGUGAUCUUUGCAACUCAGCAAGUAAUACUCAUAUAAUUACUUUUAUGACUCUAGUAACAAUUGUUGUCACUGUAUAUAAUUGCUUAUAAUAUGAAAAUAAACUGAUUAUAACAUAUUGUGUGUGGCAUGAUGAAGUAAAUUUAUAUGUUGUUACAGUUUAUUUUACAACAGUAUUGUAACAUUUUAUUUAUCUAACUUCUAACUCAUCUCAACUUCAUAAUGUUACAAAAAUUAAAAUCUUACUAUGACACUUAAUUUAUGAAUGGUAAGUUAUUUAUAUUUCCAUAAAUCCAUACAUUGUAAGUGAUAUUAUUUUAAAUAUGUAUACAUAACUUUAUAUUACACAUUUUUAUCAUUUUGAUGGAUGAAAGCAAUUGGAUGGAUGACAUAAAAGCAAACCUUAUUAAGGUACAUUGUGCAACAUAAGAAGGCAAGUAGUUGUAAGUAAAUUAAAAAAAAUAUGUAUCUAUUCCCUUUAUUGAUCAAAUAAUUUUGUCUUUCAUGUAAUUAUAUAUAUUUGCAAAAUACUUCAAUAUUUCUAUUGUAAAUAUUAAGAGAAUUUUAUGUAUAUUAUAUUAUAAAGAAAGGAAAAUUUUGAUAUGUAAUUAUAUAUUCAGAUAGAAAAAUAACAGAUUUUUCUCUAAAUGACAUUGAUAAUUUAUUUCUUAUGAGUACAUAGUACUGAUUGUUGUAAAUAUGUAUAAUUAGUUUUGAUUAUAUACUGUUUUAAAUUUGACGCGGUCAUUAUUUAUACGUAUAAUUAGUAAAAAUCACGGGAUCUUACCACAUUUUAUAUUUAUUUGCUGAGUUCCCGAUAUUUCGGUAGUGUUUCAACCACCAUGAUCACGGGUAAACUAUAUAUAU